CGCCCAGUUUCCUGUGAAUUAGAACAUCCGCGUUGAUACGGAUAGGGGACUUUCGGGACUGUCACCCUUAAUUUUCACAACAUAUAAAUCAAUAGAUUGAAUGUUUCAUAGGCAGCCAGUGGGAACACUUUGAGCGUCAGAAUGUCUGGACAAAACAGCGACCAGUUGCAUCGCUCUACUUUGGGCAUAUAUGCGAGCCUGAUGGAUCAGUUCAACCCAAGUCUACAGAAGUUAGUGUCUUUGGGAAACAGCUACAUGCAGGCUUUCCAAGCCCUUGCUGUGACCAGUGAGGCUUACUUCAGCACCCUUGCUAAGAUAGGGGAGCAGGCCUUUCACACCAUGUCGUCUCGCUCUAUUGGAGAUGUUCUGAUUCAGAUUUCAGAGAACCAGAAGAGUCUCACCACUGAACUGGAAGGAAUAUUCCGCUGGUUCCACACUGAGGUGCUACAGGAGAUGAACAACAAUGUCAGACUGGAUAAGGACUACAUAGCAGGCAGCAGGAGGCGAUAUGAGAUGGAGGUACAGAGCCAGGCCAUAUCUUUGGAGAGGCAGCUGAGGAGAGGGGCUCACCAGGAUGAGUACAUUCACUUCCUGAGGGAGAGUCACCGCGAGGCUCUGAUGGAGGAAGAAAGGCGAUACCGUUUCCUGGCUGAGAAACACUGUGGUCUCACUCAGUCCAUCAUCUACCUCAUGAACAAGACAGGGGCAGGGGGAAGCCUACAGCAGAUAGCUGAUGGAUGGAGAGACCAGGUCAACGCCACCAGACGACCUGGAUCCCGGAACCCCUCUCACCUGGACCAGGACAACACAUCCAGAACGAGGGAGGAGGACAGGGGGAGCCAAUGGUCAGGCAAAGAGGAGCAGCCUCUAGGAAGAGUGCCCUCCAGAGGCCCAUCACCCCAGAACAUCCGUUCCCGCUCCAGCUCAUUUGGCGAGUCCCUAGGUCUGGGUGGAGGUGGAGGAGGGAGACCUAUGAGAGCUCUGGUAUCCCACCCUGCUAACUCCAGCAACCCCACCCUGCUGCCCUUCUCCCGGGGGGAGGUGGUGAGCGUGCUGGUGCAGGAGCCCCGUAAUGGCUGGCUCUACGGCCGGGCAGAGAGCAGCUCACGCCAGGGCUGGUUCCCAGCUGCCUAUGUGGGGACACUGGAGGAGGCCCCUAGAUCAACUGGCUCCAGUAGCUCCACCCUUAGGAGUGCCCACAGUAUGGACAACCUGCUGGACCAAUCAGGAGGCAGCAGCCACGGUAGACCCCCGCCCCCGCCGCCUCCACCAAAUAGACAGACAGAGAUGCGUCCAAUCACACCCAGCAUGGAUAGAAGGGCGGAGUCUCACUCUGACAAUAAGAGAGGAGAGCGUCAUGGUGGACCUGGGCCAAACCUCUUUCCAAAGGGCACCAACCCUUUCGCCACUGUCAAGCUGAAGCCCACGUCCACCGAUGACAGAUCUGCUCCACGGCUCCGUCGGUGAAGAGGUCACGCCCUUGGAAAGGUAUUGGGCGCGUUCCAGUUCGACUACAUUUCAGUCAUUGCAUUGCAUCAACAAAUGGUUUCAUUCCGCAUUAUCAACUGUGCAGUCGACUGCUAUAUCAUAUGAUUCACUGAUAUGUUAAAUUCAUACCUAUCCAGGCGUUGUGAGAUCUGGCAGGUGUCUGAAAUGUAGUCAUGCAAAUGCAGCAGGGGUUUUAGGGUUGAUGCCCUAAAACUGCCCCAAAUCCUCCCAAACUGUUGAAAACUGUCUUAAAACUGCCCCACACUUUCUCAAAGCAGCCCCUAAUACCAACCUUGUACAGUUGGUUAUUUAAAAAUAUGAUGGAGUUUAUCAGAUGACUACAGUGAUAAAGGAAGUUCGGCGGGCAAUGUAAGAUGCCAGAAACCCUAACAGAUGCUUGGUGCACUGAUUGACCUCGCAAGUGCAUUAAUACUUUUGAUUUAAUUAGCGAGACAAAUCUUUGAGGGCGCUCCUUUAUGCACUUUCCUUCAGAAUCAGGAAUAUUUUCUGACUUCAUAUACAGUUGAAGUCGGAAGUUUACAUACACUUAUGUUGGAGUCAAAAACCACUCCACAGAUUUCUUGUUAACAAACUAUAGUUUUGGCAAGUUGGUUAGGACAUCUACUUUGUGCAUGACACAAGUACUUAUUCCAACAAUUGUUUACAGACAGAUUAUUUAACUUAUAAUUCAUUAUCACAAUUCCAGUGGGUCAGAAGAUUACAUACACUAAGUUGACUGUGCCUUUAAACAGCUUGGAACAUUACAGAAAAUAAUGUCAUGGCUUUAGAAGCUUCUGAUAGGCUAAUUGACAUCAUUUGAGUCAAUUGGAGGUGUGGAUGUAUUUCAAGGCCUACCUUCAAACUCAGUGCCUCUUUGCUUGACAUCAUGGGGAAUUUUUUUAAUUUUUUAAUUAUAGACCUCCACAUGUCUGUUUCAUCUUUGGGAGCAAUUUCCAAAUGCCUGAAGGUACCACGUUCAUCUGUACAAACAAUAGUAAGCAAGUAUAAACACUAUGCGACCACGCAGCUGUCAUACUGCUCAGGAAGAAGACGCGUUAUGUCUCCUAGAGAUGGACGUAAUUUGGUGGGAAAAGUGUAAAUCAAUCCCAGAACACCAGCAAAGGACCUUGUGAAGAUGCUGGAGGAAACAGGUACAAAAGUAUCUAUAUCCACAGCAAAAUGAGUCCUAUAUAACCUGAAAGGCUGCUCAGCAAGGAAGAAGCCACUGCUCCAAAACUGCCAUAAAAAAGCCAGACUACGGUUUGCAUCUGCACAUGGGGACAAAGAUCGUACUUUUUGGAGAAAUGUCCGCUGGUCCGAUGAAAGAAAAAUAGAGCUGUUUGGCCAUAAUGACCAUUGUUAUGUUUGGAGGAAAUAGGGGGAGGCUUACAAGACGAAAAACACCAUCCCAACCGUGAAGCACGGGGGUGGCAGCAUUAUGUUGUGGGGGUGCUUUGCUGCAGGAGGGACUGGUGCACUUCACAAAAUAGAUGGCAUCAUGAGGUAGGAAAAUUAUGUGGAUAUAUUGAAGCAACAUCUCAAGACAUCAGUCAGGAAGUUAAAGCUUGGUCGCAAAUGGGUCUUCCAAAUGGGCAAUGACCUCAAGCAUACUUCCAAAUUUGUGGAAGAAUGGCUUAAAGCUCAUCUAUAAGCUAAGGACCCUGGGACUAAACACCUCCCUCUGCAACUGGGUCCUGGUCUUCCUGAUGGGCCGCCUCCCAAGUGGUAAGAGUAGUUAAGGGCAAAAAGUCAAGGUAUUGGAGUGGCCAUCACAAAGGCCUGACCUCAAUCCUAUCGAAAAUUUGUGGGCAGAACUGAAAAAGCAUGUGUGACCAGGAGGCCAAUAAACCUGAUUCCGUUACACCAGUUCUGUCAGGAGGAAUGGACCAAAAUUCACCCAAGCUUGUGGAAAGCUGCCCGAAACGUUUUACCCAAGUUAACAAUUUAAAGGCAGCAAUGUAGCAUCUACCAAGUACUAAUUGAGUGUAUGUAAACUUCUGACCGACUGGGAAUGUGAUGAAAGAAAUGAAAGCUGAAAUCCUUCUCUCUACUAUUAUUUUGACAUUUCACAUUCUCGUAAUAAAGUGGUGAUCCUAACUGACAGGGAAUUUUUACUAGAUUAAAUUGUGAAAAACUGAGUUUAAGUGUAUUUGGCUAAGGUGUAUGUAAACUUCCGACUUCAACUGUACAUGUCAGGUACAGGAAAUAUCGUGGUAGAAGUAGUUGUUUUUAUCAAAGCCUUUUGCAUUGUUUUCUUCAAGUAGCACUUUUGUUUAGUUUUGCUUGUACAGUAACAAUAUGCCAAUUUAAACCAAUACUUCACUUUGAUGCUAAACUACAGUGAACCACAGUGAGCUGAUCUUUCUCUUAGGAAUGCCAUGCAGGUAGAUUGUUAUGACAAGUGAGUUUUAGUGCUUAAUUUAACAGUGCUGUUUGGUCCAGUGCCUUUAGUAAAUGUACAAUGAGAUUUGUGUGUUUCUUUGCUCAUGCAGGCAGUAGGGUGGCCUACUACUCUAGUGAAGGACCUGGGUUUGUCAAUUCUAAUCCACCAAUGGGGAUACUUAAUCUAAAUUACCCUUAGUGUGUACUCAGCUAUGUGAAUGGCUGACAUGUGAGAGUGUUGAGCUAAUGUAAUAGCUCCAACAAAACAAUGACUUUUGACUUUACUGCUAAAAUAAAAAUGGUAGCUGCUUUUCACAUUGUUUCCAAUUCCUUUAAUCAGACAAAAAUACAUCCUCUGAUUCUGUUUUUUUAGUUGCUGUUGAUAUUUGACACAUUUCUUUUCUAGUUAUCGAGGGCCAAUCGGUAGUGCUGAGCGAUUAACUGAAAUGUGUUGAACAACCAAUUAACCGACGUCGAUUCAUUUAUUUGAAUUCCAUUUAGUUCUUUUUUUGUGAGCCCAACGCGCCGUUUCUGUAGAGAGAAAUCCAAUAAUUCACGAGCAAAAUCAAGUCAAGAACUACGUGGGGACGCUUGGCUGUAGUAUUAAGCCAAUAAUUAAACUUAAUUCAGCACAGAAAUUUGGUGAUGAACUACAAUGACCAUAAUCCAUUGCGCCUGUACUUCCCGGCUUGGAUGUUAGAUAAGACACACACAGACCAAAUAGACCGCAUGAUAGGAAUGUACAGAACACAACGAUGAGAGGGACGGAGACAAUUUGUGAAAGUAUGCCUUACCUUGUUUGAAGAGCUAGUAAAAAUGUUUUUUUAACCGACUGCUCUGCAACAUCAUUAGACAGGCUAGCCUAGCUAAAUAGGAUGACUAAAGACAGUACGGUAUAUGAAGCACAGAAAUACUGUAACGUUAGAUGGUCGGGCUGGCUGGCUGCUACUACUUGAGCAGAGAUGAGAUGAUGACUUUAAGGAAUGAAAAAUGAUAAAGACAUCAGAUAAAAAUGAAGUAAUGUACACAACUGAAAUAUGUUAUCAUUAUGAUAGUCAUUUUCUAUUUUUCAAUGGAUGUCUACCCAAUGUGAACCUUGACAGAGACAAUGGAAUAUUUGAAAUGUUUUGACAGUAUAAAUGUUCACUAUUUUUGGUUUUUAAUUUCCAUUAAAAAGCUUUAAAAUCA